CAACGCACGGUGAAUUUUACCAGCUUGUCCGGGACAUGCGCCUCGACGACGGAAGCGACUUCUUCCGAUACUUCCGCAUGACGCCGCAAAGAUUUGACCACCUGCUCUCCUUGGUGGGGCCUCUUCUGCAGAAAAAGGCGACUUUCUUCAGGGAGCCCAUAAGCCCUGCAGAACGUUUGUCGUUCACAAUCCGGUGCCUGGCUCAUGGGUCUUCUCAGCAGCUGGCAUCCAUGUGCUACAGGAUCGGACGAUCGACAGCAAGCAACAUCCUACGGGAGACGUGCUGGGCACUGCACCAUGUACUGGACCCAUUGUACCGCCCGGCCCCCGACAGUGCCCAGUGGGAGCGGAUCGCAGCAGAGUUUGGCAGGCUGUGGAACUUCCCAAACUGUGUCGGAGCCCUGGAUGGCAAGCACGUGGCCAUCCAGGCCCCGUCCGGUGCGGGCUCCGACACCUUCAACUACAAGGGGUUCCACAGCACUGUACUCAUGGCCAGCUGCGAUGCCACUUACAAGUUCACUCUCGUAGAUGUUGGGCAGCCGGGGCGGUUUAGUGACGGGGGAGUGUUCAGAGAGUCUGAAAUGGGGCGGUCUAUGCUGUCGGGGGAACUUGGUCUCCCGCCAGCUGGGCUCCUACCCCAAACAGAAACCAAGCUGCCUUUUGUAUUCGUGGGCGAUGAGGCGUUCCCCCUGCUCCCUAACCUCAUGCGCCCUUUUCCCAGGAGAGAACUGCAGUUACUCUCUCGAGUGUUUAACUACAGACUCUCCAGAUAG